AUGAGCUCUCAAGAUAAUAAUACUAACUUUCAAGAUACAAUAGUGCGCAAACAAGUUUAUUAUGGCCAUGUACAACAUACUGUAAAUAAUGCCAAAAAUGAUACUAACGACAACGACAAAAACAACAAUAAUGAUAAUGACAAUAACGACAGCAACAAUACUAAUGACAAUAACAAAAACCCUAAUGAACCUAUAACGAUAUCAUUCCCAACUACUGAAGUCAUUGGUAAAGGUUCAUUUGGUUUAGUCUUUUGUACCACCUUAAGGGAAACUAAUGAAUUAGUUGCCAUUAAAAAAGUGUUACAAGAUAGAAGAUUUAAAAAUAGAGAAUUAGAAAUAAUGAAACUAAUACAACAUCCAAACGUUAUAAAUUUAAAAUAUUAUUUCUAUGAAAAGGAUUUAGAUGAUGAAGUUUAUUUAAAUCUUAUAUUAGAUUAUAUGCCACAAUCCUUAUAUCAACGAUUACGUCAUUUCGUUCACCAACGUCAAUCUAUGCCAAGAUUAGAAAUUAAAUUCUACAUGUAUCAAAUGUUUAAAGCAUUAAAUUAUUUACAUAAUGCUAAAAACGUUUGUCAUAGAGAUAUCAAACCACAAAACGUUCUUGUCGAUCCAAACUCUUGGAAUUUAAAAAUUUGUGAUUUCGGUAGUGCAAAACAAUUGAAACCUACAGAACCAAACGUUUCAUAUAUUUGUUCAAGAUAUUAUAGAGCUCCUGAAUUGAUCUUUGGUGCCACAAAUUAUACAAACCAAAUUGAUAUCUGGUCAAGUGGUUGUGUGAUGGCAGAGUUAUUACUGGGACAACCGAUGUUCCCCGGUGAAAGUGGUAUCGAUCAAUUAGUCGAAAUCAUUAAAAUUUUAGGUACUCCAUCAAAACAAGAGAUUUGUGCCAUGAAUCCAAAUUAUAUGGAACACCAAUUCCCUCAGAUUAAACCAAUACCAUUGGCAAAAGUUUUUAAAAAGGAAGAUGAAUUGACUGUUAAUUUUCUAAUACAAACUUUAAAAUAUGAUCCAUUAGAACGGUUUAAUGCUCUACAAUGUCUUUGUUCGCCAUAUUUUGAUGAAUUGAGAUAUGGUGAAGGUAGAAUCAAAGAAAUCACAAAUGAUUUGAAACUUUUAGAAUUCAUCGUUGACGAAGAAUUAGCUCAUUUGAAUCCAAAUGAACUCGAUAUCAUCAAAAAUAAAUUAGCAAUACAUCCUAUAUGA